AUGGCGCCACGAAAUCCCACUAGCGCAGCUCUUUUCCCUUUUACUAUCUUCAUGGUAAUCUUCGGCCUCGUCUUCCUCGCAUCAUCCGCCUCCGCCUUGGCAGCCCCUGUUGCGCCCUCACCACCAGCUGAGGUCGAACUCAUCUGCCACACAGACAAUGCGGCAGAAUGUUACCCUAAAAUCUUCCAACCGACAGAGGAGUUCCAGACUGUUCACGAUGACCAAGAACUGCCGCACGGGCUUCAUAUUCGCAUGAACAUCAACACGGGCAAAAAGGAAGCCAAGAUCAACGACCCUGAUGAGAAGACCCCGGGGCUCGAGGGCCUUCCUACGGACCGCUCGAUCGUAGUCGUGGACUCGGACAAGGCCCCCGAUGCAGAUAUCCCCAAAGACGCGCCCAAGUACGAGUCUGCAGGCAUAGUCAAGCAGCCACAGCAGGAGUCGGGCGAGUUUUACACCCACCUUGAGUUCGUCAAGAAGGGCGCUCACGGAAGUGAUCUCCCCAUCGACGAGGCCCUCGAAUUUCUUGAGGACAUCUCUCACGACAUCUACUACGGCCUCAAAAUCGUAGAGACCUUUGACACCGUCAAGUCCCUCCUCUGUCUCAUGGUCGACCCCAAGACCCCGGCCCCGGCCGAGGGUGCCGUGCCCCGUGACCAGCAAGCCGCCGCCAUCAUCUCCGGCGCGCUACAGAACAACCCCACAGCGCUCGAAGAAGUGACCAAGGUCUGGCCCCAGCUGAUGAGCACGUCGUGCCGCUCACCCCAUAAGGCACCGGAGCUCAAGCUCCGCGACGGGUUCUACUCACCGUUCGUACCAGCAGCGGACGACAAUGAUCACGACACCCUCCGCGCGGCGAACAAGGCCAAAGCGCAGGUCCACGCCAUAAAGGGCCUGAUCAAGAGCCCGACGAUCCGAGACGACUUCAUCGCCAACAAGGGCAUGGACCGCAUCCUUGAGGUUCUCGGGCCCCAGGACGCCCAAUGGGAGGCGGCGCAGCGCAAGGCUGGGCAGUUCGUUCUGGACAGCUUCCUCGACGAGGACAUGGGCGCCGAGGUGGGUAUGUGGCCCCUCUUCAAGGCGUCCGAGGCGGACAAGUCCAAGAGGAUCGCCGACCGCGUCAGCGAUGAGAACUGGAAGAUCGCCGUGAAGGGUAUCAUGGAGAAGAACAAGGGAGACGAGAACCACUGGAGCCGAGAUUUGUACAACCGGCUGGAUGCGCACGAGAGGGCGCAACUAAAGUUGAUUGCAAAGGAGGAGUUGUAA